AUGCCCCGGGUUAGGGUUUCCGUUGAGGGAUACAACACAUUGCUUCCUGAGGAAGAUAUCGAGAAGGCGUUGACUGAUCACUUCACUUCGUGCGGCGAAGUCUUUAAUGUUACAUUCUCUCAAGGCCGUGUCGGACGUGCUUUUAUUAUUCUUCGCGGAGAUGGCUCAAACGAGAAGGCGUUGCAACUUAAUGGGAGUGACGCGGGAGGAUGGAAUGUCCUUGUUAAGGUUACACCCGAAGAUGACGAGGAGACUCAACGUUAUGCAGCCACUCUUCAUAGAGAGACAUACUAUGACACAAGAUUGCUCAUGUAUAUUUUGUCCAUAAAGACGGAGAAGAUAAGGCGCUGCUACUUGAUGGAAGUGAAGUGGGAGGAUUGA